UUAGCAGUUAGCCAAAAGAGUUGUGCUAUUUUAGCAUUUUCAUAUAUUUUGCUGGGUGCUUUAUGCCCUUUCCUUUUCCUUGCCAGAAAGAAUAGUCUUUUCUUCUUCGUUUUUACAAGUAUAAGAAAUACUACAUACGACGUCUGGAGUUAUAGUUGAGUUAUCACCGACCUGAUUAGUAAAAAUAGCGAGGCAAACGGGAGAGUCCCUCGUCAAUUCUCAAAUCUUCAUGGCAACUCUCAAGAGCAAACCGGGUUUUAACCUCCUGACUCGGUUCCUGUACCGGCGAACUCUAGAAACCCUAGCUUUCGAAGAGGUCCGAUCUUCUCCGGAGAAACCAUACACUUCAACAGCUUUUAUCCUCCACGGCCUCUUAGGGUCUGGCCGUAACUGGCGUUCCUUCUCUCGCAGUCUCACAUCUUCUCUCUCUUCUGAGUGGAGGAUGGUGCUUGUGGAUUUAAGGAACCACGGUAAAUCUGCUGAUCUUAAAAGCUUGGACCCACCUCAUGACAUGUUUAAUGCGGCUAAAGAUUUAAGCAAUUUGAUUAAGUCACAAGGUUGGGCUUGGCCUGAUGUUGUUAUUGGUCAUUCUAUGGGAGGCAAAGUUGCUCUUCAGUUUGCCAACAGUUGUGCUCGUGGUGAUUAUGGUCAAUCUGUUGCAUUUCCCAAACAGCUGUGGGUUUUGGAUUCUGUACCUGGAGAAGUAAGCCCUGAAAACAGUGAUGGAGACGUAGAGAAAGUUUUGAAGACCUUGCAGAGUUUACCCUCAUCCCUUCCUUCACGCAAGUGGCUUGUGAACCACAUGAUUGAACUUGGGUUCUCAAAGUCUUUAUCAGAAUGGAUUGGUAGCAACCUUAAGAAAUCAGGAGAUCAAGAGACAUGGGCUUUUAAUCUUGAAGGUGCUAUCCAGAUGUUCAAUUCUUAUAGGGAGACAUCAUAUUGGUCUCUCUUGGAGCACCCACCAGAAGGAAUGGAGAUAGGUAUUGUAGUUGCAGAGAAGAGUGACCGCUGGAAACCAGAUGUAAUUGAGCAACUUGAAAGCCUCGCUGGUAGGAAAGGAAACGGAUCUGAGGGUAAGGUUUCGCUCCAUGUUCUGGCAAAUUCUGGGCAUUGGGUUCAUGUGGACAAUCCAAAGGGUCUUAUUGAUAUUGUAGCACCUAAGAUUGCCUCCCUUUCAGCAUAAGUACAGUAUCAUCAGUGCUGUAUGUCUUUUAUUGUAAUGCAACAUAAUUUUGCCCAAUCAACUAAUAAUCAUGAAUAAUCUUGUCUUCUCCGGGUAAGUAAUUUAUUUUCCUUCCAUCUUCCGGCCUGAAUAAGAAGUUCUAGAGAAACUUUUAGUUGGCUGCCCCCGAAAACUGUCAUAGGUGUUUUCUCUUACUGUCAAACCAAUCAACAGUAGCUGAAGCAGAGGUAUGGAUCUGGCUUUUGCCGCUGAGGAUUUUUGUAAACGGAGACAAUGCUUGCUACAACCUUGGCUGGGGUCUUACAGUUCUCAUAGCUGACUCAUGGUGGUAUUUAUUAAGCUGAUAAGUCGUGUGAUCGAGAAAUGCAUGAAGGUGCUGUUAGUCUUCUUCUUUGUGGAAGAAGAAGAAUGCAUGGACCAUCUCCAUUAUGUUGAACAAAGAAUUCACUGGAGAUUAUCAUUUUGGUUUUAAGCUGAAACCUUUUCUUUUUUUUAAUUCUUGUAACUCUUAAACUUUUGAAAAAAUAACAUGUAAACAGUUUUGUGUAAUUUUAUUUUCUAAGUGGACAUAUGUUUUGCUGA